CAUUUCAAAAGAGAAGAGAAGAUUGUUCGCAUUUCAAAAUUAUUUUUAAUCAUACAAUUUUAAAACUCCAAUUCUAUAAAUAAACAUUGGUGAAAUUUACAUACAGCUCGCUUUCUUCAUAAUAAAGAGCAUCUUAGGUGUUGUGAUUGUGUAAAAACAUAAUACAUAACGUAAAUUGCGUCGCGGUUAGAACAAUGUUUUCGGCGAAGGAGACGUUUUUGUGUGAUUUUAUAAAAAGUUUGUGUUUUAAGCAAUAAUAUAACCAAUUUAACAAACAAAACAGUUGAUCAUCCCUCGGUUUUUGAUUCAUUCUAGUAAAUGAUAGGGUGCACAUAUAUAUUUGGCUCGAUUCAUCAAAGUUUACUUAUUUCUCUUUGUAAUUAGGACCUGUUAUUAUGUGUUAAUUUUGUCGAUUAGGCUAACAGUUAAGGUGUAUUUAACGUUAAAGUUAGCGGAAUAUAAAGUUUUAAUAGAAAAAUGCCUGGUAAAAUAAAGGUAAAGGUGUUAGCGGGUCGUAACUUGCCUGUAAUGGAUAGGGCAAGUGAUACUACAGACGCCUUUGUCGAGAUAAAGUUCGGAGGAGUAACACACAAGACAGACGUGUGCCGGAAGUCAUUGAACCCUCAGUGGAGCAGCACCGAAUGGUACAGGUUUGAGGUGGAUGAAUCCGAGCUGCAAGAUGAGCCACUGCAGCUGCGUCUCAUGGAUCACGACACGUACUCCGCGAACGACGCGAUUGGCAAGGUGGUGAUCAGCCUGGCGCCUCUACUGGCUAGAGAGGCAAACAAUGCUAAUGGCACCGCUGGCCCGCCAGGAGGCGCGGUGAUGUCAGGCUGGAUCCCCGUGUUCGACACGAUGCACGGCAUCCGCGGCGAGCUCAACGUCAUCGUCAAAGUGGAGCUGUUCUCAGACUUCAACAAGUACAAGACCUCCAGCUGCGGCGUACAGUUCUUUCACUGUCCCAUGAUACCCCCCGGGUAUAGAGCAACGGCCAUACACGGUUUCGUGGAGGAGCUGAUAGUCAAUGACGACCCAGAGUACCAGUGGAUCGACAAGAUCAGAACUCCGCGCGCCUCCAACGAGGCUCGCCAGGUCGCUUUCAUCAACCUCAGCAACCAGGUACAACGUCUUGUGGGUCUCAAAGCGGCUGAGUUGGGAGCUAACGCGGUCGUGGGCUACCAACAGGAUUUCGACUUAGAAGGCGAAGCGGGUGUCGUGGCAAGAGCUAUUGGUACCGCUGUCAGCAUAACUCCACUACCUACUCCGAGUGUACCAGUUAAUAUUACUUGCACACAACAACAAUUAAAAAAAGUCUUGGACAUUUUAGCGACAGACGAAGAAAGUGUCACAGAUCUUCACGAAUACUAUCAAUCCCACCAAGAAGAGUUGAUGAGAAUCGUGAGCAUUUUAAAUCCGAAAGUUCCGCUUCUCUUGGAUGACCCAGAAAAUUUUGACGACGAUGAAAAAAGCCUCGAAAGUCAAACAAAAGCAGCAACAACUGCAAAAAGUUACACUGGAGAUCUUUCUAUAUACCAAGAUGAUUACGUAGCGCAAAAAAGCCUAAGACAUCUUUCCGAAGAUCAAAUCGAUCUCGACAAAUUACUUAACCGACCAGAACCACCAGAUUCAAUUAACCCAUUGAAAAAAAUAAAAAAGAUAAAAGACAAUCUGUUCUCGAGAAAGUUUAAUAAACGCUCGUCUAAACCUGAUAUACAAGAUGAUACAAUUUCUCUUAAAUCUACUUCAUCAGAAACGUCCCGCAUAUCUAUAUCAGAUAUUAAAAAGGAGAUAAAAAAGAUUAAGAAACUGAAAAUGCCAAAGAUCAUAAAUGAAACCACAGAAGAUGACGGUGUUGGCAUGGCUUCUAUACUCGCUCGUUCAGUGAUACAUGCUCAAACAAGCCUCGCUUGCAUUACAGAAAGUCAAGACUCUGAAAACUCACCUUGUUCCACUUUGAGAAGAACUAGUGAAUCUGAGCCGAAUGUAGCCAUUUCUGAUGACGAUAAAACAAGGCCUCAAUCAGCUAUGAAAAAAGAAAGUGAGCAAAAAAAUAUGCCAGAAAUACACUGCGGUUCAUUAGAAAACAUUAAAAGCGACGAAACUGUUCAAACAGAAAGAAAAAUAUCCGAAUCAUGUCCAACUAGUCCCAUGGUCUCGAGGAAUGAAAAUUUUCUCAAGCCACCUGGAGAUAAUGAUUUCUACGGCUCAGUGUCUUCCGCUCUGUCGGCUGAUAGUUCAGAGAUUUAUUCAUCUUCGGACGAGGAUGAUGAAAGUUAUGACAUGAAAAGCGAUCAAGAACAAAUGGAAACUACUACUUCUGUAAUUCAGUCUGUGCUCGGCAAUGCAAACUUUAUGGCUGAAGUGAAAAGAAAACCAAUCAUAUUGGAUCGGUUGACCAUUGAAAAAACUAAUGAUAAAAAACCGAUUGAUGAUAAUUUCAAAAACUUCGAACGCGGUAUCUAUGGUUCAACAUCUGGUACAAAUGUGGACGUGGAUAAAAAAAUUAUUGACAAAGAGAAAGCAAACACCGAAGCCGGAAAUUCAACGUGUGUACCCACAACAUCUAAUAGUUCUCACCAUCUCAAACUCCAUAACCCCUUUGCACAUAAAAAGGCUCAAAAAAGUGUAAGCGCACCUUCAUCCCCCGUAGAAAAGAAAGGAUUCAUAUACCGAUCCUCGAGAAAAAUCAAGCGACAACUGUCGAAAAUUUCCAAAAACAGCAUGAUUAAAAGUUUAUCUCAUUAUUCGUUACUACCGAAGAAAAAGCACGUAGAUCCUAAAACCGCUAUAAGCCAACCCUCGUCUGCUUCCGAUGUUACAUCUAGGGCUCCUAGUGAUACAGUUUUAGGUUCCCCCUUUUUGUCCUAUACAGAUUUGCUCAGUCUAGAUAAACAUGGUUUCACCUCAAUGAACCAACUCCAUAGAAGCGAUGAGCAUGUAGGGUCUAAGGCUUUCAUGUACAUAGGUUCAGAACCAGUUUCAAGGUCGUCUUUGAGCGGUCCAUCGUUCAAAGAUGAACAUCAUUUCCACGAACAAAGAUCCUUUAAGAAACAGCAUGCUAAACAUAAGUCUGUUGGUCUUGUUCAUACUGCCAUGGAGACUAUUUUAAUGGAUAAAGUGGACUCUCUAUUGAUACCAACAAGUCCUAAUCUGGCUAAAACUGACGAUAGAAAAUUUUUCGAUGACGUCAAUGAAAAGUUAGAAAAAGUUCAAGGAACUGAAACUAAACCUAAAGGCUUGUUUAUUUCUGCCUUAGAGACAGUAUUGAUUGACAAAGUGGAAUCUUUGAUGUUGCCGACAACUCCCGAUCCUGUUAAAGGCAAAGAUACGAAAUUUUUCGAUGACGUCAAUGAAAAAUUUAAAAAAGAUGAAAGUUCACAACAUAAACAUCACGCUGCGCAUGUACCUAUUAAAUCUAAAGUAGAAGGAGCAAUAAUAGAAUCUAAAGGACUUGUUCAUUCUGCUAUGGAGACGAUGUUAAUGGAUAAAGUCCAGUCUUUAUUGUUGCCAACAACUCCUGAUGGAACUAAAGCUAAAGAUAAGCAGUUUUUCUCGGAAGAAAAAGAUGUCAAAGCACUUAAUAAAAACCCUGAGACAGACGGGACUAAAUUGAAUGAAGGAAAAGAUCUCACAGGAGAAGACAAGCAACUUGAAGCAAGCGAUAAAAAAGAUGUAAAAUUGCCGGGCAACGAAAAAACACAUACUGAAAGGCCUGAUAAUGAGAGAGGAAGCGAAAAGAAAGACCGUAAAUUAGUUCGUCAAGACAGUAUCCACUCUACAGAUGAUACGGUGUCGUGUAAAAUGUCCAAGGAUAAAGAUUCUAGUAUCACUCCAUGCAAACUAACCCACGCGCCCGUGUUACAGCAUUUCCAUCCCAUUCUUAGCGGAUCACCCUUAGAGACCAUCCCAUCACUGCCGGAAAGCAGUAUAGAUAGAAGUGAGAGCUUAGAUGUAGAAGGAGUGGAUAAAGAUAGUACUAACGGUGUUAGCGUGUGUUGUAACUCGCAUGCAGCGUGCGGUGUUGACAGGAGCGAGCGAGAGCGGGAUAGGGAGAAGGAGAGGUGUGACAAGGACAAGGGAUCUCCAAGGCACGCGAGGCAUGAGUCUUAUGGAGGCAAGGAGCCGGUUGGGAGCGUAACAGUCCAGAAUGCUUCAUUAAAUUCGUCGUCCACUCCCUUGGGUAUACACAGACGAUCUUCGGACUCCGAUCUCAGCGUUACUCCUAAAGGCAGCUCUCUGAACGCGUUAGCGGGGAUCCCAGGUAGCGGUGGGGGCGCCAUACUGAGGCCUUCCAUGAACAGCAAUAACCUGGAAAUGCUGGAGUACCCCUUCCUCACCAUGACAGAAUAUCCUCCCGGAUUCAUCGUUCACAUAGGUGGCACAGUAUGCGCUAGAUCAGUCAAACUAGUAGACGCGGGCGGGGAGAGUCCGGCGCGCGCGGCGUGGUGGGCGGAACUACGCACGGAACUGCGUGCGCACGCGCGCGCAUUGCGUUGCACAGCUGUGUUGGCCUAUAGCGAACGAGCGGCUGUUCGGGAGGACGUGUGCGUUCUCUCCGCGUCGGGCACAGCUGCUGUCAUUAAUUUGGACUGUGGUUUCUCAACACUCGAGGAACCUUCCCUAUUGACGACCGGUUCAAGAAACGCGUUAGACGAAUGUGAAAUAGAGCCGUGCUCCAUCGCGCACGUGCCUUACUCUCCGGGAGCAGGGCCUUAUCGCGCUGAGCUAUCCACUUGUGGCGGAUGCAGGCGAGCGCGCGUGCCAACCGUGCUUCUAGCAACGUGCGCGAAGCCCAACCGACUCACUUCCUACGCCAAAGCUGUUACACUCACUGCCGUCGCGGCGCGUUGUCGGAGGGCGGUGGGCGCGGAGGCAGGUGCAAGGGACUUGUCCGACCAGCUGCCCUUCCUGGAGUAUGAGCUGCACAAGCUGCUACUGGCCAAACUGAGGAUGCAGGGCGCAAACGCAAUAUUCGCACUGCAGACGCAAAUCGCGAUAGGCGAGCGCUGCGUUAUGGCGCUAGCCAGUGGAACCGCAGUGCGGUUGGGUGCGCUGCCGCCGCCCACUCCGCCCAGAAUUAAAGCCUCAGAGAAUGAUAAGAACGCAAUAGAAAUACAAAAGGCGCUGUGGGACACGUUUACAGCCAACAAAACAGCGAACGGAUACGACCUAGGAUCACAGGAGCACAGCACAAACGGAGUGCUGCCAGAGAUCGAAGGUGAUGAAGCGCCAGUACUAGACCUGUGUGCAGACAAAGACGCGUGCGUGCUAGAGUUGGACGAAGCGGAAGAUGUGGAGACCGCAAAAGCAUUGGCGAUCCGGCGCAGUCACAUGCAAGUGUUCACGAGUAUGUUACGCCCCGCGCCCGCCGCGCCGCCGCACGCUUUUAUGCAGGUCUGGCGAGCCCGCCUAGGGUCCCAAGGGUCGGGAGCAGAACGACUAGUGGCGAGCGCGUUGACUGGUGCUGCGUACAAACUGAGGCGGCUUCAGCCAGCUGCCCUUGCCGCUCCUUCCUUCCAGUUGGAACUGCCUGAAGAUGAAAUUCAACUAGUAGUCUCAGGUACAGCCAUCCCCCUUUGCGACCCUUCGAAAAUAGAACACAGCAACGGGGCAGAAAAGGACGGCGCUACUGUAGAGGGAGACGAUGAUAUUUUCGCUUUGGACGAGGAACAGUUGGUGAAAGUGACGCCUGAAGUGGUGGAAGAUAAGAAUAAUGGACCGGCGGCUGGGCGAGUCUCCCUAACAACAUUAAGCACAGUGGAAGGAACAAAGAUCGCUCGGCGAGUGUGCUCCUUACGUCUUCUGUUCGUGAGAGAAACCACUGCCGUCCGAGAACUGGGCGGACUUAGCGGAUUCCUGCACACUUUCACUUGCGAGGUGCUGGCGAUUGUCCGCGCGUACACGGCGGCGCUGGGCGGCAACGCGUUGACGUCUCUCUACCUCGCGCAUCUGCUGCUACACAACAAUGCACACAAAAACCAGGGCCAGUGUCUUCUGUCCGUCGGCGGCGAUGUCGUUCAUAUUACGUAUUAAUUUAUAAGGUUUUAAUUUUAGUUUUACUUCAAAUCGUAAGACAUUAAUGUUAUUUACUAUAGUAAGUGAAAAUAUUUUUAAACAAGAUUGUUUUACUUCAACUGCCCAUGGAGUUACUAUUUAAUUUUAGUGACAAACGCCCUAUCAAUAAGAUUUUAGUUUUACUUACAAGACCAUAGAAAUAUAAUAAUACUUCACCCGUACACUUGCCGUCAAAUGAUAAAAAAAGAACAUUUAAUUAGGAAUCUAUAUUUUAUUGUCAUGCUAGUGAGUAAAAUUGGUAAUAUCGACCAUAAAAUUGCUUUAGCACCUUGUCCCACCAACAAUCAGGAAGCGACUAGCUAUCGACUAUUUUCUCGCUAACAAACAUACAAUCGAUAUAAUUUAGUCUCAAUAAAAGAUAUAAAAUAUAUUAUCUGUAGCCCAUUUUUUAAUCCUGGAGACCAAAAUCACGUUUCGUGUGUUUUACGGCUCUUUGAUAGUGCUGUGGUGCUCUUUGAUAGUGCUGUGGUGCAAUCGAUACUUACCGAUAAACAAUAAUAUAUGUAUGAAACAACAAAAAUGUGUUGAAAAUUAUUCCGAUUCAAAUGAAUUAAGUAUGGGCUAUGAGUUUUACAUAAUAUCGAAAAAUUCCUUAGGUGAAUUAUUUUUUGUUACUUACUAUAUAAUUCUUUAACAGGGCUCUCUCCUUCACUUACUCCAUACAAUAGU